AUGACAUUUACAAGUCGUUUAAAAGCAACUGAAUUUGAUCCAUUAUUAAUUGAUUAUAAAGUUCAAUCAUUACUUUAUAUGGAAACUAAAAUUCAAUCAUUAAAAAUUAUUGAUUUUCUACAUGCACAACCAUUAGCUUAUCACAAUUAUGAACAAGAUGAAAAAAUUCCACAAGCUAAACAUAAACAAUUAGAAAUGUAUUUAUAUGGAUUAGAAAAUAAUAAUAAUCAAAUUCAACAAACUGAUUUAUUAAUUUAUGAAUUAUUUAAUAAAUGUGUACAGCAACAUUGUUCACAUUCUUAUUAA